AUGGAUCCAGCUGAGUUUCGGGAAUGGGGAAAAAAAAUGGUCGAUUUUGUAGCCGAUAUGUGGGAAGGAAUCCCUGAUAGAACCCCGUUACCAGAUGUGAAACCUGGAUAUAUUCAAGCAUUGGUACCCCCACAAGCGCCGAAUUACCCGGAGAAAUGGCAAGCUGUUUUUGAUGAUCUUGAAAAGGUGGUUCUAUCCGGUGUCACGUGGUGGCAUCAUCCCAACUUCUACGCAUAUUUCCCCACAGCACUCUCUCAUCAUGCAAUUGUUGCUGACAUUCUCUCUGGUGGAAUCUCCGCGAUUGGUUUCACUUGGAAAUCUUGUCCUUCAAUGACUGAACUCGAGCUAGCCGUUCUUGAUUGGCUCGUCUCGGCGCUCGGUCUGCCUGAUCAUUUCCGCAACUCGCAUCCUGGACCCGGCUGUGGAAUCAUUCAAAGCACAGCCUCCGAUGCAACUCUCAUCGCCUUUUUUGCCGCUCGAGCAAAAGCCGUUGAGGAAAUCAAAAACUCGCCCACCAUGUUGCAAUCAAUUCAAACAGAAGUUGGGCAAAAGUUCAAAGAUCUUCUAGGAAAAUCACCAUUUUCAGGAAAGAAAGGAGCAGAACAAGAAGGGCAACACUCGUCCGAGAUCUAUCUUCAUCCAUUCCACGAUCCGGCUGUCUUUGAUCGUCUUGUCGCUUAUUGCUCAGAUCAAGCUCAUUCAUCAGUUGAAAAAGCGGCAAUGUUGGCCGGUGUACGAUUGCGCAAAUUGAGAAGUGAACGUGAUGAAAGAUACGGGAAUUUCUCCGUCACAGCAGCCACCCUUGAAGCAGCAAUUAAGGAGGAUCGUGCUCAUGGUCUUCACCCAUUCAUUUUCCUUCUCACAAUGGGCACCACCAACACUUGUGCGAUUGAUCCGAUUCGGGAACUGGCCACCAUUUGCAAUCGGGAAAAGAUUUGGGCUCAUGUUGAUGCCGCUUAUGCAGGUGGUUUCCUUUUGUGCCCGGAAUUCCGGGGGAUGGGCGAUGGACUUGAAUUAGUCGACUCGUUCAACUACAACGCUCAUAAAACAAUGAUGGUCAAUUUCGAUUGUUCGCCUUUAUGGUUGAAAGACGGGAAAUCGGCUGUGAAAUAUUUCAACGUUGAUCCAGUCUAUUUAAAGCACGAACAUCAAGCGAACACUGCUGACUACAGGCAUUUACAAGUCGCUUUGGGAAGACGGUUCCGUUCGUUGAAGAUUUGGUUUGUAAUGCGAACGUUUGGAAUUGAAAAGAUUCAACAAUAUUUGAGAGAUGGUUGUGCUCACGCUGAGGUGUUCUCGCGGCUCAUCGCUGCUUCGUUAACCUUUGAUCUGGUUGUACCUCGAAAUCUAGGACUUGUUUGCUUCAGGAUCAAGAAUGCAUCAAAUGAGGUGAAUGAGGAGUUGUGCAAUGCGAUUAACGAGGAUCGACGGAUUCACAUUGUUCCCUCAAAGGUUGGCGAAGUGUACUUUUUGCGUUUGGCCCUUUGCUCGCAGCUCACCACCGAGAAGCACGUGCGUUUCGCGUUUGACGUCAUUUCCGAGGUAGCCCAACGGACGCUUGACAAAAUGAGUCUCAUCGGAAGU